AAAAGAAUGACAAGAAUUUUAAUGGUCCUUUUUUAUAUAUUAAAAAGUUUCAGGAAAGCUCAUUUUACCAUUGUUCAAGAGUCCAAACAACAUGAUUUAUCAGUUUAUUUUUCCUGACAGAGAGUUCUGUACACCAUUCCAGUGCGAUUUCUCGCAUCGAGCUUACGAUGGACACCUUUUAGCUAUUGGUGAUGAGGAAGGACGAUUAUCAUUGUUACGGACAGACAUGGAUAACGAUGUUCGGAACCAGGAACAUCAUGUCUCGUUUUAUUGUCAUAAACAAACGAUAUCUGAUGUCAAAUGGAGUGCUGAUGAUUCCAUGUUGUUGACUUCCUCUCAUGAUCGUGUGAUUCGGUUAUGGGAUUCAGAGACGAGGACCAGCCUAGCCGAAUUCUCAGGACAUACGGACGUGGUAAAGUCUGUAAACUGGCAUCCAACAAACGAACAUUUAAUCAUCACUGGAUCAAAAGACGGUUCGUUUAGUAUUUGGGAUACUCGAUAUCAACAGAAAAAAACAGAAAAUAUGGAUGAUGCUUUAAGUAUUCCAGUUUAUUCCCCAAUCUGCAAUGUAGCUGCUGCACAUAAUGAUGUCAAAACUGUAACUAAAACAUUAAGCAGAUCAGGAGUUAGACCGCUGUUCAUUCGAUCCGUAACUUGCGCCGUGUUUUCAGGCAAUGACGAGAAUAGAGUUGUUACAUCAGGCAGUGUGGAUGGUUCGAUUAAAUUAUGGGAUGUGAGAGCAGGAAGAACGGCUAAAGCAAUAGAAUCCACCAUAUUCGAAAAUGAGUCUGGAAAGAGACAUGGUAUUACAGAUAUGAAAGUUGACAGAUCAGGCACACGACUAUUUAGCUCUUGCAUGGAUAAUAGUGUAUAUAUGCACUACUUGUCAGAUUUAACAAAACCAGCUAGGAAAUUUGUGGACAAGGAUUACAAAGUAGGCAGCUUUGAUAUAAGAAUAGCACUAUCGCCAAAUGACGAAUUUUUGUUGUCGGGGUCUCAUGACCAAGAUCUAUUUGUUUGGGAUGUUGAGGGGACAUCGAACAAGGCCUAUCAGUAUCAAGGUCAUUCAAAGAAGGUGACGGGUGUAACAUGGAGUAAACGACAUUUAAAUCAAUUUGCAAGCUGCUCUGAAGAUUUCACUGCAAGGAUAUGGAACUUGGAAAGAUAAAUUAUUUAUUUAAUAAUCAUAUACCCCCUUUCUUUAAUGCAUAAUUGUAAUGUUUCUUCUUUCUUAAAUGCAAAAAGUAACAAACUAUUGUAAUUUAUAAGUGUAUGUUAUGCAGUUAGGAAGACCUUGCAGGCAAAUUAGGAUUCACGGCACACCUUUUUUUUUUGUGUAAUAUACAUAUAAAAAAAAAUUAAUCCG